AUGUCAAAUAUCGGUUCAAUUACAACAACUGCCGGUGGUUCCCUUCCAGUAGUAACACAAUUAUGGGUAUACAAAUGUCCUACUUGUGAUAAAGAUAUUGUUUCUUAUACAUAUACUCUAAGUACGCGCAAUUGGGUUAUGAAUACGACGGAUAAUGCAGCAGUUUAUGGAAAUACAAUGAUCGAACCUCCUGAAAUAAAUUGCUCUGAACAUAAUCAACAAGUUCAACUUCGUUCAUUAACUCUUAAUUUUUAG